GGUUAGCCUGGUGUAAAGUUUUCCCAGGGGUUAUUUUAUCAAUUGAGAAACUAGAACAGUUACCAAGUCAUCCAUGCAGCAAGCAAAUGUGUAAAUUGGAAAUUAGAAUGGAGGCAGAAAGCUUGGUUCUACAAUAGCAUUAGUUUGCUUAACAUGGGUAAAGCAUUGUGAGAAACAUCCAGUGCUCCGUUGAGUUUCUUCUGGUCAUUCAGGUGUGGGUUUACUUUGUGAAGGAACAUUGAUAAUCCUGAAAGGUGUAUAAUUACAUUUGUCAAAGAAAAUUCUGUUGCCUCGAUAACCAUGUGAUAUAAGGAAGGUGUUGAUGUUUGAAUAAGAAGAAACAGUAGAAAGAUUAGGAAAGUUGUGAGGACCCUUUCUGUUGGAGCACACCUCAUCAAGACCUAAUCACUUCCAUUGUACCAAAGGUGUGGAAGAUUUUAGUCCAAGGCUCAGUUGAUGUCAGAAUUUUUUUUUUUUUUUUUUUUUUUUUGGAACUGCAAAGAUUUGCAUCUUGAAGAUUUUUGUGUGUUUGUGCAUCUAAAAGAUUGCUUGAAUAUAGUUUCUGUGAGUGACUUUGAACUUGGAAUAUCAGCAGCUUCUGCUCUUGCGAUAAAUCCCAUAUGCUGUAUCAUGCAGACUCUUUUACAUAAACCAUCUCGCAUGGCAUGGCAAGACUUCUACAUUAAUUGCUCACAUUUGAUGUGGAUCAAAGUUUGUUAAGUACUCCAGGCCUAAGCAUCAAUCAGUCAAAAAUCAUUUUCCAUUCAUCACUGCUAAAUAUAUUACUUCAAAAAAAAAAAAUACAGUCAAAGGUGCUGCUGUACUGAAAAAAAUGAUAAAGGAAAAAUUAGAGAACGAGAUGCUGUGCCCCCAUAAGAUGCAAACCAAGACUAAGAACAAGGGCAUCUUUCUCCUGCCCUCUUGGCACACUAAUGGUCGCCAAAGCAACGAAUCUGUGAAAAAUGAUAUUCCUUCCACUACAACUGUUCCACCAUUAACACCUGGGACAACACAGAAAAUGUCCCAAGCAGUCCAUGAGAGUUUCAAGACUUUUGAGAGGGAGCAGCAAAAAUACCAUAUCUCUAAUGAUCCUGCCCAUUGGUCAGAAAGCCAUGUGAUGCUCUGGUUGAAAUGGAUUGCACAAGAAUUCAACAUUCUUGGUAUCAACCCUGCUAAUUUUUCCAUGAGAGGCAAAGACCUUUGUCAACUGAAGCGCGACCAGUUCCUGGACUUGGCGCCACCAUAUUUGGGAGAAAUCAUGUGGGAACACCUGGAAAUUCUCAAGAAAGAUUUUACACAUGAACACCCCAGCCUUGGUAGUGCACCUAGUAGUUAUAGUGAACCUGUGUGCAUGCCAGAAUUUGGAGAUCGCUUCCCCGUCCAAGGAUUUGCUGGUCAUGGUGGUGAUAAUAAAGUAUCAGCUUACACUGGUCUCAGUGAUGUCAAAGUCCAAAAUGCACAAACCUGUGCAUACGGAGCAAUAACAGAAUCCAUGCAAACCCUGAAUGAUGUGAGUGAUUCCCCAAACAGUGGAAGUUUUGAUGACCACUCAGACUGCCAGAGUUUGGAGACCGUCCCUCAUUACUAUUCCUCUGACAACAGCCCCACCACAGAAUUUUAUCCUCCCAUCCCAGAACAAAAAUUCCAGCCUCCAGUGAUACCCGAUAUUUGUCAUGGUCAGUACAUCAGGCAGGAUAACCGGUACCAGCAAUAUAGCCAGGUCUACCAGAAUCAGAUGGUUCCUAGCAUCAAACAAGAGUACCUGUGGUCCGAUUGUUCUGAGAGCAGCCUCAAUGACAGCUGGUCAUCUGAAUACCGAGGGGGACUCAACAUAGGCGUGUCCAGGAGCCUCCAGUCCUCACCCACAGAUCUCUCCUACCCUCAGUCAGAGGUCAAGCCCAGCAAUUUCCCAGCCAUGGUUGGCUAUUCUGGAAGUGGACCAAUUCAGUUGUGGCAAUUUCUUCUUGAGCUGCUGACCGACAAAAAUUGCCAACAUUUCAUCAGCUGGACAGGAGAUGGGUGGGAAUUCAAACUAUCCGAUCCGGAUGAGGUGGCCAGGAGAUGGGGCAUCAGGAAAAACAAACCUAAAAUGAACUAUGAGAAAUUGAGCAGAGGACUUCGUUAUUAUUAUGACAAAAAUAUCAUCCACAAAACAGCAGGAAAGCGAUAUGUUUACAGAUUCGUGUGUGAUUUGCAGAGCCUUCUUGGCUAUACACCAGAAGAACUUUUCGAAGCAUGUGAUAUCAAACCUCAAGCUGACAAAGAUGAUGAGUGAGAGUCCAAGUCACUUGUGUGCUUGGAAAUCAAUUUUGAAGUGAGUCAAAAUCACUUCUCAUAAUGCUUCAUUUGGAAGCUCUUUUUAAACCUCUGGGUUCACAAAAUCCUUUUCUAAAACCUUGAUGGCACUUGUUGUGGUAUGUAGAUGAGAGCUCAUUUUGUUGUUAAGCUGUAGAGUUUUCAGAUCGUAAUGAUAAAGGACUUGUGAUAAAAUUUCAGAUGAGUUGAAAAAGUCAUCUUUGUGAUGUUCAAGUUAAAGAUGUGAUGAUAGCGGUCAGAAUUGUCAACAAACGUCUUUGUCACGUUGUUGUUUUCUUAAAUGUUGAUCUCAGUUUUUUCAAGCUGGAUGUUUUUCCUGUAAAAAUGGCAUGUUAUUUCAUUUUUUAAAAGGCCUAAAUUAUUUUUGUUGAUGUUUUUAAAAGGCCAUUUAAACUACAGCAACAUUACAUGUAUAUAGUUAUAAUAUCUGUUUGCUUUUCUAGGAAAGAAACUUUUAUAUUAUUGCUUUAUGAGCUACAACAAUAAUGAAGUGAAUUUUAGAAACAGGUCUGGCAUAUGGAAAGAUAAACAAAACAAAAUAUUCAAGGUGAAAUAAAUUGCAAUAGGCAGCUAGUAUGGUCUAGUGAACAGUCAUGUAAAUACAUAUUCUUUCAAUAAAUAUGAUAUGCAUGUAAUUUUUAAUAUUGUUGAUGCAUUCCACUGCUUAACAUGGCUAACAUUUGACUAUAAAUUAGGCACAAUUCUCUUCUUUUUGCAAAGAUUUAAUACUUAUGCAAAAAGAUGACUGCCCAAACAAGUCCAUCCAGGCCCUUCAAUACUAAAAAAAUCAUUUUUUUUUCCAUUCAUGAAUUUUUCUUUUCCCUUGAAAAGGAUGCUAUGUAUAAGCAAUACAUUUCGUGCACUGCUUGCUCUCCUAACAUAGGUGCAUGUUAUUUAUGUGUAUAUAUUGAGGCCUUUCUGGUAAAAAUCAUACACAAAUUUGUUACAUUUUGAUAUAUUUUACAUAUAGUGCUGAGAUAAUAACAGUGAUGUUGUUAACAUCAAAUAUUUGUUGUGAAUUAUGUUAUUAUUAUGAACUGAAGCUGUUUUUUUUUUUAAUUAUUAUAUUAAUCUGGCAUUAAAUGUAGGAGAAAGAUUUCAUUUAAAUUUUAUCUCACAUUUUUAGACAGUGAAAUUUUAAAGACAUUUUUGUACAGGUUCUUGAUCUUUUCAUUGUAAUCCUAGUCAAGUAUUUUUCUUCCUCUGCUUACUGUAAACCAACUAUUAUUCACGACUUCUUUAGUCGCGAUUCUCUAGUUUGGAAGCCAUCUGCGACAACUUAUUUUCCCGAUGAAGGCAACAUUCUACAUAAAUACAUAGGUGAAUCAUUGGUUCGCGACGAGAAAUAUUCGCAAGUAAAAGAAGCUCGCGAAACUCGUGGAUAUUUUUCGUUCAUGAAUAAAAGUUGGUUUACAGUAUAUUUUCAAAGAUGUGACAGAAAAAAGUCCAUAUGUGUUCAUUUUUUAAAUUUCAUUUCCCAUGUUUAGAUAAUAUGAACAAAGGAAAUUGUUUACACUCAGAGAUUUUAGUGGUGUGGAAUAUUUCUAGCCACUUUAUUUUGUGUUCAAUAUCAUUUUUUAAUGCAUUACGUUUUCAUGAAUGCAUUGGAUAAAAAUUCUCAGUGCAAUGUUCUUUUUAAUUCAAAGAUCUUUGGUAGUUUUCUCCCUUGAAAUAUAUUAAAAGAUGUGUUCAAUUUUUAGAUAUUUUUAUUUUAUUGUCAUUCAUUUUUAUCUGCAGUUCAUUUUUUUUUCAUAGAGGUUCAAUAAUUUGAAUAAGAAUCAAAGAUCAUGAUGUAGUAUCAUUGUACAUUCUAGUGCCUUAACUCAUGUUUCUUUCCAAAAGCAGUUUUAAAAGUGUUGGUCAAAAUAAAUGUAUAGAAUUAUCUCAACCAUAGGGAAAAAAUGUUAAAAAGAAGAAAAUAAAGAAAAAGGAGAAAGAAUCCAUCAAUAUUUCUUUGAUAGAACAUAUAACAAUAUUGUUAGUCAUGGUAAUAACAACAAUUGAUUAAAGGGUUGACAUUGUAUAUUGUUUCACUUAAAAUAUAGACUGCAGUCAUGAAUCAAAACAUCAUGCAUGGCUAUUUUUCGUUUUACUUUGUACAUAUUUUAUACAUCUUGUUGAUCAAAGUCAAUUUGUGUGUACAGCUUAGCGACUGAUAUUCAUACUUUAUAUUUGAUUAGGUCAUUUUGUUAUCAUCUUGUGCCUUGAAGGCAAGAAGAACUUGCAUUUUUGUAACCAAAAAAAAAAUCAUAAAUAUGCUUCUUAACAAGGUUAUAUUGUUUAAUUUAUGGAAUUCAAUGUCUUGAUUUCAUUAUAUUGUUACAAGUUGCUUUUUUAUUCAAAUAUAUGAAAUUGUAUCAAUAUUGUAGAUAUUUGUAAGAAAGACAAAU